AUGCAGGCUAGUCAUAUUAUACUAGAUAGGCCGUGGCAGUUUGACAAGCAGGUAACUUUUAAUGGCGUGACUAACAAGUAUAGCUUCUUGUACAAUAGUAAGAAAGUCACCCUAGCUCCCCUUUUCCCAAAAGAAGUGCAUGAAGACCAAUUGAAAUUGCAACAGGAGUAUGAGAAGUAUUGUUCAAAAAAGAAAGAAAAUGUGAGCGCCGGGGCAAAAAGGGAGAGAAAAAAGGCUAUAGAUAGUUCGGCAAGUGAGGUUAAAUUCGAGGGAAAACAAAUGCUCCUAAUAAAAGCCAAGAAAGUGAGGAAGUUAAUGAGAGAUGAGCAGUCGCUUCUUAUGCUUGUUAGCAAAGAAGUAGCUCUAAAUGUGCAUGAACUUGAUACUAACAUACCUCUUGAGGUUGUGUCUCUUUUGCAGGAGUAUGCUGACAUCUUUCCUGGGGACGUGCCAAGUGGAUUGCCACCACUUAGGGGCAUUGAGUAUCAGAUUGAUUUCAUCCCUGGAGCUUCAUUGCCAAAUCGACCAGCUAGAAGAGCAACUCAGAGGAGACUAAGGAGUUGCAAAGGCAAGUGGAUGGGCACGUGA